AUGCCGGACCCAAUAAUGUCAACACAUGUUGUGUACCCGUCGGGCAGCCAUUCAUCUGCUGGCAAUACCGACCACAUAAAUGGCCAGCUCACAAAUCCUCUUGCAGGCUUGACACUUACAGCUGAUCCUGAUCUCGAAAACACGCGAAUAAAUGACUUACCAGAAGCUAUUGCGGAGGGAGAUGAAGAAACUGCUAGCGAACCGACUGAGCCGCUGACUCCAACGAGUGAUUCACACCCCACCGCUCCAUUCAAUGAUUCUCCGCAUUUUGAAGCUGUUUCCAAGCCAAUAAUAACUAACACUGAUGCUACCCCCCCAACGACACCCGUAACCUCUUCCCGUCCCACAACUGCUACUUCCACAACAGCCUCCACAACUCCCCGAUCAUCGCAGCUAAGAUCUGCAUCCAUUUCCUUUAGAUCGCUUUUUCGACGAAAAGCCAGCCUCAAUAACGGUUUAGAUGGCACCGCUACUGCGCAAACUGCAUAUCAUAGCCCGCCUAUUGCAAACCAACCCAAGAAUGUCUCGGUAGACACCAUAAUUCGCAAUGAAUCAUUAUCUCCUUCUCACAUUUCGCCAUCUUCAUCGCAUUCAGGUUCACCUCCAUCCCCGUCCUCUCCGUCAAGUACAUUCCUGCCUCCUGCGGUGGCUAUGUUGGGCAUAUCUACGCAAUCAGAGUCAAUUUUCAUGCAAAAGAAACCCAUUCGCUCCUCAACGGGACUGAGCUUAAAGGAUCGAGGCAAAAUAAUGUUUGGAUCAACCCCUAGACCUCCAAGGGAAGAGUCAAGAAUACGAUCUCCUAGUUUAGGUGAUGUGCAGAAUCAACCUGAGCGUCCUGGAUUCUCAAUACCAGCCGUGGCAGGUGUGGGGUUGAAAUCUCGUCGGAUGAGUGCUAGUCUUCCUGAUGACUUUUACGUCGAUACCUGCGAAUUAAAUGACGAAUAUGUGAGUGCUAGCAGGGUUCCAGGCAAGAGGGGAAAGGAAAUUGGCAAAGGUGCAACUGCGACGGUCAAAGUGAUGUGUCGGAAAGGCGGGAAAAGGGUUGAGCAAUAUGCGGUUAAGGAGUUCCGGAAACGUGGGCAAUACGAGGAUGAGGAGGAAUAUAUCAAGAAGGUCAAAUCUGAAUUCUCAAUUGCUAAAAGCCUGAAUCACCCUAAUAUUGUCAAGACCUUUCGACUUUGUACGCAUAAUGGCCGAUGGAACCAUGUGAUGGAGAUGUGCUCGCACGGAGAGCUGUUCUCACUCGUCCAGAAGGAUUACCUCGAACCAGUCGAUAAUCUCUGCUUCUUUAAACAAACGGUCCGUGGCGUGGCGUAUCUACAUGACAAUGGGAUUGCACAUCGCGACAUCAAGUUGGAGAAUCUGCUACUUUCCGAUGAGGGUCAUGUUAAGAUUACCGACUUUGGCGUUUCGGAGGUCUUCAGUGGAAUCCAUCCGGGACUGCGUGCUUCGGGGGGCAUGUGCGGUAAGGAGAUGAAGGAGGUCACUUUGUGUUCUCCCGGUAUCUGUGGCAGUUUACCCUACAUUGCACCGGAAGUGCUGGAAAAGAAAGGCAACUAUGAUCCUCGUCCUCUGGAUAUCUGGUCGUGUGCCAUAGUCUUACUCAGUCUUACCUGCCGCGGCAACCCCUGGCCAGCAGCAGAACCCAAAUACGAAAAUUACGCAAAAUUCAUCGAAGGCUGGAACAAAUUCCUAGCAAACAACCCAGACCGUGUUGUUACAGAAACCAACUAUCCCAAAUGCGGUCCCAUUUUCAGAUACAAGAUCAAGCACGCCGGGAUCAUGCGCAUGUUGCUCAAAAUGCUCCAUCCAAACCCCGAUAGACGCUCCACAGCCCACGAGGUGAUGCAGGACCGUUUCUUUAAGUCUAUUGAAUGCUGUGCGCCGGAACCCAUCGACCCGGCUAAGGCUGUGACGUCAAUCGAUGCGGCGAGCAGUGGGUGUCAUAAGGCUGCUAGUCGCAUGUUUGUGCAAAAGAAUCAUCACCAUUUCCCGAGGGCGAAGAAGAUCAUUCUGCAACAUCGGUUUGAUAUGGGUGAUGGUUAUCAGUAG